ACAGCAGCUUGCUCAGUUCACGCUUAAAUCUUCAAAAUUUCCUAAAAUACCUCAAAACUCCAUCGGAAAAUGCACAUUUUCGGAUAACCAAAGGCACGUGUGACAUUUUCCGAUAACAAGUUGCGUGGAAAGUGUAUUAGUUUAGUGCGAAAAUCGCAAAAACCGAGUCUCGUUGUUUUUUUUUUACAGAACAACUUCCUUCAUUUUUUAUUCAAGUCCAUUCUCCGCAUACCAAAGACGUAGUUUUAUACACGACUGACAAAUCACUCAGCAGCUCUCCGUUAAUUUUUACGAAAAUUUCUCGUAAAAAUUCCAAUGGACCUCAAACAGAAUGGACUGCCACACAACUCAAGUAGCAACGGCGUGAAUGGCAACAACUCCUCACAACUGCAUCAAAAUGGGCGCCAAACGCCACAGAAGACGUCGCGUCGUCGUUGUCGCAGCGAAUGUCUUGCCACCACUGCCCCAUGCACCCUCGGCCUCCAAAUCGAACGUUACAACCUAAAACACAAGGAAGCCCCCUCAUCCGAGCAUUACGCCAUCAAAAGUGCACAACAAAGCCUGCGGAACAGCUACACGAUCAAGGCGAGUCACCAAAUGAAGUUGGCAGAAAUUUACGCGAGCGGCGAAAUGGUCGGAAAACUCAGCAACGGCGAUCGGUUUGCUUCAAAAAAAGAGGAAAAUGGUCACGAAAAGCCCGUCGACCUGAAAGAUUUGUACUUGCAAGAAGUGGAAAUGUACAAAAAUGGAAAUUGCAACGGAUUUCGACCACAUCCCGCAUCAGCGCAUCAUCGAUUUUCCGAUCGCAGCAACGAUUACGGGUACUUUAACCCACGAAAUUCCGUUUUUGAUGCCAAUCGACGUCGUAUCCGGGCACGUAGCGAAUCGGAGCCGCAUGAACUUUACACUGUUGCUGGUCCCUCGAAUAAUAGUCGCAGCGUUAGCGGGCAUCGUACCGACGAUAUGUCCCUAAAACGUGUCAGAGAAGCCAAUUCCCCGCCAUUAGACUCGAAAAUUGUCAAUCGAACGAGUAGCAGCUCAAUUUAUCGCAAGGAAACGGCGUCGGCUCCAAUUACGCCAAGUGUUCUCGUGAGCGGAAGUCAAAUUGGAAUAAAAUCAGGACCGCUGAGAUUAAAAGCGAAAUCUCCGGGUGUCUCGGUACUUCGAGUGAAAUCCAGUAAAUUAAGACCUUCGACACCGACGCGUCGUCGUUCGCCGUUGUUACGCAAAAGUUUGACGCCAUCACGAGAAAUUUCAAAAUCUUCCGUGACAGAGACCGAAAAUGACGAAACGAGUUCGUUGCAAUCGUUGGAAGUGAAUGCCGUGAGUGAAAAAGAAGAUGUCGAUAGUUUGGAAGACGAUGACGAUGAUUUGCCUCUCAAUGGAUUGGAAGAUGACGAUAUCGAUGGCAGCGUUACAGAUCCCGAAGACAACUAUGCGAGUCACUUGGUGACAAGUAGCAAGAAAAUUAAUACGAAAAAUCUUCCGCUUCCGAAAAUUUGCAUCGACGAUAAUGCCGAAGCACCAAAACUGCCAGCCCCGUUGGCGCCAAGUAUGUUCCCGAAUGUGCCGCCUUACAUUACGUUCUCGACGCACACGGAAAAGGGUGUUCCCAUGCCAGCAACUAUACAAAAACUGCUGAAAUGGAAGUUGACACCGAUAACGCCGGUCAUUGUGCGUCGCAUCUUGUUCAACUCAAACUUCCGGUUGCUUCGGAAAACGAACGAUUGGAUGGGACAAUGGGGCAAACACAUGAAAUCGCCUUGUUUUAAGACACUUCGAUCGUAUCAAAAAUUCAAUCAUCUUCCGGGUAGCUUUCAGAUUGGAAGGAAAGAUCGCGUUUGGCGAAAUUUGCAGAAUCAAAUGGUGAAACAUGGCAAGAAGGAGUUUGGAUUUAUGCCGAGGACGUUCAUUAUUCCGCCAGAUUUGAAGACGUUGCGAACUGUAUGGCCAAAAUAUGCGCAACGGAAUGCGAGAUGGAUUAUUAAGCCGCCGGCAAGUGCGCGAGGUACGGGAAUUAAGGUUGUUAAUCAAUGGGCACAAAUUCCGAAGCGAAAGCCGUUGAUUGUUCAAAGAUACAUCGAACGUCCCCUUCUGAUCAACGGCAGCAAAUUCGAUCUCCGCCUUUACGUGCUCGUGACAUCGAUGAAUCCGCUACGUGUCUUCAUGCAUACGGAUGGCCUUGCGCGUUUCGCUAGCGUCAAAUAUAGCGAAAAAGCCGAUACCCUCAAUGACCGUUACAUGCAUUUAACGAACUACAGUAUUAACAAGCUCUCGUCAAACUACACGAAAAACGAGGAUGCGAACGCAUGUGUCGGUCACAAAUGGACAAUAAAAUCACUGUGGACCUAUCUGAACGAUCAGGGAUACAACGUCGCGUUGCUCUGGAAUGCCCUGAAAAAUCUCGUACUCAGGACAAUUUUGGCAGGCGAGUCGCCCAUCAAUGCACUCACAAAGGUCAACGUACAAAACAAAUACAAUUGCUACGAGUUAUUCGGCAUCGAUGUCAUUCUCGAUAGCGAAUUGGUGCCGUGGUUGUUGGAAGUGAAUAUUUCGCCGUCACUGCAUUCGGCAUCGCCGCUCGAUGCGCACGUCAAAGGUCCCCUCGUGACUUCCCUACUCAAUACUGUGAUGUAUCAAGUACCUCCAAAGAUUCCCGUGCCGCAACAAGAAGAACUCAUGGAAGAACUCGGACUCAAGGGUCCGCUUUGCUUCGAUAAACGGAUUUACUGCACGGGACUUAACAAGAAUGAAAGACAGAAACACAGCCAGUAUGCCAUCAAGGGAAUGCAACGAGAGGAUUACCUCACAUCAAUUCUUGACAAUUUAACGCCCGAUGACAUUCGUUGCCUUUUGAUAUCGGAAGAUGAACUUGCGCGAUCCGCUCCGCUCGAGAGAAUUUUCCCGACGACUCAAACACAUCAUUAUCUCACAUACACAGACAAUCCACGAUAUUACAACAGACUAUUGGAUGCGUGGGAAAAUCGAUAUGCGAAUCGCCGACAAGAGGGAAUCGACUUACUCAAAUCGUUUUGCGAGAAAAACGUUCACUUAGAAGUUCCGCCACAAACGUUCCAGAAAGAAUCGAACGAUGAUGAAAAUGGCUUUGUUGUCGAAGAUUUGGCGCAACCCUCUGUGCCAGAUCAGUCGGAAGAUACGGAAAAUCAUGCCGCAAGCGCCGCCAUUACAAAUCCAAAUAAUGCCUUAGCGUUAACCGAAACAAAACAAAAUGCCCUCAAUAACAGUAGUAGUAACUUAUUCAACAAUUUGCCACCUUUGCUACCUUUAUCACCGAUUUCGCAGCAGGAAAAUUGCGCGUUAGUAAUCAACAAUGGCAGCAGCAAGUUAUCGGAAUCCACGAAAUUGGAGACAACGCCAUCUGGGGGCACCGCCAAUAACGCAACACCAAAUUCAACGGAAAUUUUAGUGAAUCAAUGA